UAUGUGAAAGAGAAAUAGUCCAACCCCUGCCAAUUUGUCGAAGUAGUUAUCUAAUCUUGUUUUUAAAAUUAGAGAAAAAGAAGCAUAGAAAUUAUAACAGCUAAUUAUGUCGUUAUACAUUUUGGUAGGAAUCAAACCAACUAUAAAUAGAACGGUUGACGCCGUGAAAGGUGGUCGAAAACAUGGAUAUUGCAGACAUCGCCACCACUUCCACGACGGCGAUGACGUCACCCUCCGCCGUCGAUGACGUCAUAUCUCCUGAGGAGCAUAGCGUGACAUCUGUAAGUGAGGAUCAUGAGACGACAUGUUGGGGCUGUGGGCUCCGUGUACUUGUUUCACCGCAUGUACCAGCUUUCAAAUGUUUCUGGUGCGGAGCUAUAACCAACCAGAACAUAUUUAAAAACGAGAACCAGAACUUCAGGUGGAGACGAUUGCGAGACCGGUGCUUUGUCAGCAUCCUCAUUGUCUUCAUGCUAUUGAUAAUAUGUGGCGGUAUGUGGGCCAUUUAUCCAGCAGUAGUUUCUGCCGGUUACAUCUAUGGCGGUGUUAUCAUUUUGAUUGCUAUAUUAUUGUCCAUAUCUACCCUGUCUACAUUUAGCCUUUCUGCAUUUCGAUCUGCUGGUGCUCCACCAAACAUACUGUGGGGUAGCUAUCCUGCCGUAACAAAAGGAGCACUCGAGAAUUAUAGAUUUUGUGAAUAUUGUUCAAAGCCAAAGUCACCUAGGGCACAUCAUUGCCGUUCUUGUGGGAUGUGCGUAUUGGACAUGGAUCAUCACUGUCCAUUUAUUGGGAACUGUGUUGGUGCAGCAAACCAUCGGCAUUUCGUCAUUUUCCUCAUUUCAGCAAUCAUUAGCAUGAUUUAUGCAUCCAUCAUAUCAGCCUAUGCGGUUUAUCAUAUUUGGCCACCAUUAAGCAACUGGCAAAUUCACCUUCUGAAUGGGGCUGUUGGUCAAAAGUUGCUUAUGAGAAUGUUAAAAGAAAUUUUUCUUGCAUUUAUGAGUUCUAUGUUGUUUUUACCAGCGAGAGGACUUGUUCUUAUUUACCUCUUUAUUGCUAGUGUCUCUAUUGAGAUAGGUUUAAGCGUGCUUUUAUGGCAGCAACUCUGUUUCAUAUAUGAAGGCAAGACAUACUUGAGUCAUAUAAGUGCAUCAGGUGGUGAAAGUACUGCAGUAAAGGAUUGCCAAAAUUUCUUCCGAUUCUUUGGCUUCCCUUAUACUCCAACAAGAUAUUUGCCAAGCUUCUUCAGUUCUAAGAAGAGACACAAAAAAUGAAGCUCAAAAGAGGUUUUUUCAGGUAUAUGCUGUUUUUUUCGCGAGGACAUGUGGACAUAUGAUGUAUACGGAUAGAUUCCUUCAAACAUUACAAAUUUCUGUAGGAAGAC